GUGAAGAUGGCGGGUCAGUCGUUUCUCUCCGAGUCUAUGCUCGGGUGGUCUAUUUUCACUUUUAUACUUAUGGUAAUCCUGACUUUUUGUUGGUUCUACAUUCGGAAAUUUCAAAGUCGUCAGGAGAGUGAAGUUGUUUCAACUAUCACAGCAAUAUGUGCACUGGCCAUUGCUUUGAUAACCUCUGCACUUCUCCCCGUGGACAUAUUCCUUGUUUCAUUUAUGAAGUUUCCCAAUGGUACCUAUAAGGAUUGGGCGGCUAACAAUGAGACAAGAGGGCACAUUGAAGACACUGUGCUGUAUGGAUAUUACACACUAUACUCCAUCAUACUAUUCUGCGUCUUCCUAUGGAUCCCCUUUGUUUAUUUCUACUAUGAAGAAAGGGAUGACGACAACAUGAACAAAUGCUCGCAAGUGAAAAACGCUCUGAAGUACACAGUUGGGUUUGCCAUUGUCUGCGUUGUGCUCCUUUUAAUUGGAGCCUUCAUUCCACUUGAGCCCCCACCUGGUCAGAAUUCCACCCAAUGGGAGAAAGUACAAUACCUUUUUGAAGAGCUUGGGAGUAGCCAUGGUCUACCCGCUCUCUCUUUCUCCAUCAGCUCCUUGACCUUGAUUGGCAUGUUGGCAGUGAUCACUUACACGGCAUACGGUAUGUCUGUACUGCCUUUGAAUCUGAUAAAAGGCACACGGAGUGUGGUGUACGAACGCCUGGAGAACACAGAGGACAUUGAUGAUGUCGAGCAUCAGAUAGAAAAGCUGAAAUCCAAGUGUGAAGACGGACGUCCUCUCUCCUCAAGGGACAGAGCGAACCUGCAGGAGCUGGAGGGCAAACUGCAGGUCCUCCGGCGCAGGGGGAGACACCUUGACAUCGCAGAGAGGAACUGCUGCACUAAAGUGGGCAGUGCUCUCAGACCUUUAAAGAUAACGCUGGGCAUUUUCUUUAUUCUGGUUGCACUGCUGUUCACUGUUGCCCUGUUCAUUUCAAAUUUGGAUAAAGCUCUCCACUCUGCUGGCAUCAGCUCUGGGUUCAUAAUCUUUGGCACCAACAUCACCAACCCUCUGAAUGAACUACUAUUAGUAUUACAGCCGGUUUUUCCGCUGGACUACAUCCUGAUCACAGUCAUCACCAUGUACUUUGUAGUGACCUCCAUGGCUGGCAUUCGCAACAUGGGCAUCUGGUUCUUCUGGAUAAGGCUGUACAAAAUCCGACCCAAGAAAACUCGCCCCCAGGCUCUCCUCUUCCUCUGUAUGAUUCUUCUCUUGAUCGUCCUUCACACCAGCUACAUGAUCUACAGCCUGGCUCCACAGUAUGUCAUGUAUGGCAGCCAGAAAUAUCUCGUACAGAUGCCGUCAGCAGGUCCUGCAUCAGGGAACAGCACCACAAGGAUCUGUGAUGCUGAUGCGCCUGAGGACCAGUGCACUGUGACAAGAUCAUAUCUGUUCCUCCAUAAGUUCUGGUUCUUCAGCACCAUCUACUACUUUGGUAACUGGGCCUUUAUCGGGGCUUUUCUCAUCGGUCUGGCGGUGUCGUGCUGCAGAGGGAAGAAGUCUGUGAUCGAAGGAGAGGUGGAGGCCGACGACUCGGACUUCAGUGAUGAUGAAUAUGUGCACUAAUCAGUCUAUAUUCCCCACAUAACUUAAAAGGGACUAGAAGGUGCAAUUCAAAAUGGAUGUCAGUGAUGUAUUGGUUUUAAGGAGAUAUUGUCGUGGCGUCUUGUGGAUUCUAGUCUGAGUUGACUCAUCCCUCCCCUACAUGAGACUACUGGUACUGAUGAUUGCUUCUUAUUUGGUGAAUUUUAAUAAUAACUUUGGGAUUCUGGGAGUGUCCUCCAACGUAGUCUUACCUUGAGAAUUCACUUGACUUGAACACUGACAAACAUGUUUAAGCUUUAUUUGAAACUAUUAUUUAAACUAACUUUGUACCGUCUCUUAGCACUUUCUAGGCCCUUGAAAUGGUUACUUUUUGACCACCUUACCCCUCACCCACCUUUAGUUGGCUCUAAUAUACCUUUUAAGACAGAACACAUUUAAACAUCCACAAAUUGUUCUGUGAGAUUGUUUCUUUUGACUAAGAGAUUGUUUCUUAGUCAAAAUAAAAUCAUUCUAGGUGUUGCCAGAAGUAACAUUCAAGCUUUGUUUUGCUUGUUUUGUCUGAGGUUAAAUACAGUGCUAGAUGGUUUGCUGUUUCUUUUUCUCCGCAUUUAGUCAUUUGCUAUCUCAGACCAUUAUUUGGACGAACGUUACUGUACCUGUACCUGCACUUUGUGAAAUGUAAAGGACCAAUCGCAAAAGAUUUGAGUUAUUCUUGACUUUGAAUGGAAUUGGUUCAACAGCUUUCAACAGCUGCCUGUGUUGAAAGAACAUGAGGAAAGUGUGAAAACUAAAUUGAAACGGAAUAAUCUAAUAUGGAUGUGAUUUUAUUUUAAUUAGAGAGUACUUUAUUUUAGAGAUAAUAAACAGCAGGCUUGUGAACUAUUAAUGGCUUUUUAUCAGCUAUUUUUUAUUUGUGUAUUUAGAAGUGUGAACAUGAAUAAAUACAGUUUAAUUAACAAAUGAUCUGAACAUAUUUAUAUGGAAACCAAAUACUUGUGCCUCGUGAAUGUAUAGCAACAUGAUGGGCACACACUGCUGUACGUGCACGUGCUACUUCUAGCCUGAAUCUGAUGAGUUUGGUUUUUGCUUUGAGGUAAAGAAUGUUUACCUGCAGUUAGAAAUGUGGUUACAUGAUGACAAAAGCUGCACCACUUAUCGUUUUCGCCUGUGAUAAGAAUGCUCUUGUGUCAAUAUUGAAUAAAAUCAUUUCAAAAACA